UGCCUGACACAGAAUAUACGUCAUCUGAACAAUCAAUGGCUGUUUCAUCAGACUUUAUUGAUGAAACCGUGAUGCAAGAAUAUCAGUCUUAUUCAGCUGAAGUAGACAGUUUCCCAUCAACCCAGUUAAAAAACACCUUAGUUAAGCCUUUUAAUGAAACAGAGACUCUAGAAAUUCAAGCGUGUGCAUUUGAAGAAACUGCUUUGUUGUCAGAAGAGUCAAAAACUGGCUCAGCUGAUCCUACAAAUAAUGAAGCAGACAAGCAAGAAAUUCAGUCUUUUCCAAAUGAAGCUGAAUACUUUGAAUCAAAACAAUUUCCAGGUAGACUUCAGACAGCACGUACAGCCCGAAGUACUAAUGAGAAUAGAUCAGUGAUGACAAUGGUAUCUGAUUUUGUUUCAAAUGAAGCUUCCCGUAAUCUCCUAUCAGAGCCCAUUAAUGAAAUCCACACACAUUUAUACUCCUCACUACCAGGUAAUCCAGUCUCAGAUAAAAAUUUAAACAAUGUAACAGUAACUAACAUUGGAGACCUUUCAACAGCAGAAGAAAUACAGCAUUUUUCAAAUGUAGAAGCAGGGUCAAAAGAACCUGAACAUUAUCUACCGAGAGAAGAGAAAUUAACAGAACACGUGAACUCUGCAGAAGAAUCCAAAUAUACUCCAGAACCUGAUGAACAAAAAGAUAUGUUUAAUAUCAUUUCAGAAGGCUAUGAGAUAUUGAAUAUUCAUGUUGUCCCACUCAUUUCUUCAGUGGAUGAAGAAGAAAGCAAACACAUGCCAGAUAAACUAGAAUACUUAGAAACAAAUACCCUCAUUAAAACAAAACUGUUUGAUUGUGGUGACCAGGAAGCGUCAGCACAUGGAACAGCUACAGAAAUUUCAGAAACCUCAGUGACAGAUGACACCAGAGUUAAAGAUAUGGAACAAAAAAAACUCGUUGAAGAAGUAGAUGCUCAGGAACUUGUAGAAACGGAGGAGGAAAUUUCCACUGUGUCAGAAAAUAAAAGUGGUGAAGUUUUGAAUCCUAACCAGAGUACCAUUGAGAUGGAUUAUUUUGAAAAGUAUACUUUGAUUGAUGACAAAUCCCCCACUGAGCUAUCACUUCAGGGCCUAUCUCCCUUUGUUGCUGUAAUGGCAAACCCUAAGAAGCAUACAGAAGAAGCCAUCUCUUCAACUGGAAGUUCUGAUGUUAAUACUUUGGAAGAUGAAUUUACUUUACUAGAUAAUGACUUGGAUGAAGCCUUUUAUGGAAUGAUGGAACAAGAAAGUGAGAUGCAGACUUCUGCAGAUGCUCAGAAAUUUUUGACUAUGCAAAAAUCAAUUGAUUGUAGUAAAAAAGUGAUAAAUAUAGAAGAUGAACAGAAGUUAGCAGGCACACCCUUAUUUGAUACAGAAGAAGGAGUGUUAGAACGAUCUAUGUUGUUUCCCACAUCAGUCAGCGCAGUUAACCCAGAACUUCUAGAGGAGCCACCUGCACUGGCAUUUUUAUACAAGGACCUCUAUGCAGAAGCAGUGGGAGAAAAUGCAAAAGGUGAAAAUGAACCUCCUUCUGAUGAAGAAAGUGGCAAUUCUGAUGCAUCUUUCCCUCGAAAUUCUGACACAGACGAUGAAACUGGAAUAUAUUUUGAAAAAUACAUUCUUAAAGAUGAUAUUCCUUGUAAUGUGGCUGGGUCUCAAAAAGAUCAAGUUUCAAAGGCUCAGUCUAUUAAUAAAGACCUGUCAGGCCAACUGAGGGUUUCAGACAAACAUAAGGAUUUUUUUGAGGUAAUUGAAAAGGAGCAGCAAUCUGUUCAUAUUUUAUCUGAAGAAUCCACCAAAACUGAGAUCUUGUCAGAAGGAGAAAUUAUGGUGGGAGAGAGAAUCCCGUUUAUUAGGUAUAUUAAAGUAACAAUUUGUCAACCAACUCAGGCAGUUGCUUUUGGAAGCAAGCUUAAUGUUUCAGAUGCAAGAAAUGAUCCCACUAAUCAAAGAGAGGAAGAAAAUGCACCUGCAGCAACCCACCAGGAGUGGUCAGAGCAAAUGAGUCAUGAAGAGUCCAGUCAAGUACUGGAUUCUGAGGUAAUUACCAAUCAAAAAGAAGCAUCUGUGCAAGAUAAAUCAAAGACAGUAAUGCCUCUAACAGAUGAGCAGAAAGAACAUGAAAUAGCAGCAGUUAAUAAAAUGCCUCACAGCAGAACACCUGUUGAUGAAAGUGAAAGCAAUCAAUAUGUUCAUACUCCUCAGCAACCAGAGCAAUUAAUUUCAUAUUUGAAUAAUCACCUUCAACCCAUGACAAAAGAGGCAUAUGAUUUAGACCAUGAUUGUAUGAACAAAAAAAUAAGCAGGGAAAAAUAUCUAUUGGAUACAGAUGAGCAGACAAAUGAAAAAACAGUCAGAGAAAAUAUUGCCGAUGAUAUAGCAAAGCAUAACCUAGAAGUAGCUAAGAUUGGCCUUCCAGAACCCGGAGUAAAGUUUGAUAAGGCAUCAAGUGAUUUAGACUUACAGCCUUUUAGACGUGAUUUUGAUAACCUUCCAUCAGAUUCAACAAGAGAGGAGCAGUGCUUUGAGACUGAUGAACAUCUUGCCGAGUCAAUGGAUUAUGAAGUGAUUACCCAAGAAGAACUUUUGCAAGAUGAAGUGUCCUCUGAAUUGGCACAUGAAGAUUUAUUGUUUGAAGACAGGGAAUCUUUUGGGCAGAUUAGCUAUAGUUAUGAAUUUGUAAAUGAGGCAGAGCAAGAGACACCCAUUGAACAUGAGGAUUCAGGCUUUAUGAUGAUGAAUUCUGAAAAAUCAUCACUAGGCACAUCUGAAAGUGAGAGUCCACAAAAAGAAAUUAAGAAGGCCCAUGUUGAUACUUACUGCUGCCAGUGCAGGUGCCCAAUUUCUGCUAUUGACAAGGUUUUUGGGGAGCAUGAAGGCCAUGAUGUGACGACACUGGACACUGCUGUAAUGGAUAUGAAGGAUCAAUUAGACGAAUUUCUAGGAGAGUUACAGCAAAGGUCAGUGAAGUUUGAGGAGUUGGUUAGUGAAAUAGAAUCCCUGUUUAAUUCUGUUGAGGAAAAAAGUAAAAAAAAUGAGCAGUUUUUAGAAGACCAAAAUGAAGAGCUGGUUAAGAGAGUGAUAGCCCAGUAUGAUGAGAAGUCCCAGAACUUUGAGGAGGUGAAGAAGAUGAAAAUGGAAUACUUGUAUGAACAGAUGGUUAACUUUCAGCAAAGUAUUGUUGAGGCGAAGGAAACCUUGGAGAUGACUGUAAAGGAAACAGAAGAACUUGAUGAUGUUGUUUUCCUAAAUUUAUCUAAAGAAAUGAAUAAAAGGUUACUUUCUGCAAUGGAUAAUUCUCUCUCGUUAGAAAAAAUGCCCAGUGCAUUUUCACUUUUUGACCAUUAUGCAGACAGUUCAGUGAGAAGUGACCAGAAGACCUUAAAAUGUGUCGCUGUUCCACAGACUCCAGAAUUGCUACCUCAGGAACCAAACUCUGCUACAAGCACAUCAAUUGCAGUCUAUUGGACUGUGAGUGAAGGGGACGUCAUUGAUUGCUUCCAGGUGUAUUGCAUGGAGGAACCUCAACCGAACAAAGAUCAAAGUGCCUUGGUGGAAGAAUACAGAAUUACAGUGAAGGAGAGUUACUGCAUUUUGGAAGACCUGGAGCCAGAUCGCUAUUAUGGUGUAUGGGUCAUGGCUGUGAACUAUACAGGAUGUAGCUUACCGAGUCACAAAUCCACUUUUAGAACUGCUCCCUCAACCCCCUUACUAAAGGCAGAAGACUGUACUGUGUGUUGGGACACUGCCGUCAUCCGAUGGAGCACAGCUAACCCUGAAGCAACAAAGUCUUUCACACUGGAGUACUGCAGACAGUACUCUCCUGAAGGAGAGGGUCUCAGAUCUUUUGCUGGAAUAAAAAAGCCUGAACUGCAAGUUAAUCUGCAGCCCAAUGUGAAUUAUUUCUUCUAUGUGAGAGCUGCCAACUCCUCUGGGACAAGUGAACAGAGUGAAGCCGCCCUCAUCUCAACGAAAGGAACUAGAUUUCAUGUGAUGAGUGACACAGCUCAUCCUGCUUUGCAAGUGUCUUCCGAUGGAACUGUGAUAUGCCUUCCUGAGAGAACCAAAUUCGCUGGAAUUCCAUCUGUCCUGGGUGAGCUGCUGCCAGCUCGUGGUCGGCAUUACUGGGAAACCACCGUCACUGGCUGCAAAGGCUACCGGAUUGGAAUCUCCUAUAACUCUACCCCACAAGGCAGCAUCCUGGGGCAGGAUGAUACUUCUUGGUGCAUAUGUUGUUGUUCUACACAAACAAGUUUCAUUUAUAAAUUCUUCCACCAUGGUGUAAUGAAUGACGUUUACGUGAUGGAGCAGCCAACCAGGGUCGGAAUUCUGCUGGAUUAUAAUGCUAGGAGACUUUCAUUCUUCAAUGCAGAGAGAGGACUAGUUCUGUUCACCAUCAGGCACAGAUUUACCAGUGCUGCUCACCCUGCCUUUGUUUUGGAGAAAGCUGGCGUACUUAACCUGCACACAGGAAUGGAGCUGCCAGAGUUUGUGAAACACAGCUAAUCUCUUGCUUUCAAACUCUCUGGAAGA